AUGCCGCGGUUCGCAGCAUUGGUUGUUUGGUGGUGCUUUGGCCUGGGCUGGUCAGAGCGUGCCGUGCAGACAGCGAUUCGCGAGAUCCGUGCCCAUGACACUUUGAAGGAGAAUGAGACCCGUACCGGAACCUGUGAGAGCGAGACUUUGCCACAGCAGAUCCCAGCUCUGAAUUAUGGUGCCAAGCCGACAAAAGCUCUUUCCAACGAAUGCUGGCAGAGGUGUGCGGCGACAGAGAUGGCAGGCAAGCACCUCCAUGAAUCGGCCGUGAGGGCAAUAACAGGCUUUGCGCAGGAUGACGGGAUUGUGAAAAUGGUGAUCUACGGCACCUUGCAUGCCACGGGUGCACUGCCCAAUUGGGAAGUGCAUGAACUUUGCCAGAACACCUUCGACCUCAUCCAAUUGAAGUGUCCGAGAGGUUACUUUAAGAAGUCCUGUUUAGAGGAUUUCAAUGGUGACUACUUCACAAAGAGCAACCCUAAAUGUAAACGUGCAUACGAUGCCCUCGGGAAGAACAACGGGGAGUAUCGAUGCGCGUUUGCGGCUUGGUGGGACUCCUGCUGCCAUACCAGAAAUCACCAGGAAGAUACCGAGUGUACACAGUGCGGCCAGGACCAGUAUUUCUGCACCUGA